AUGAUCUGCGAGGCUGCUUCGAUGUUUGGGAACAAUCUCUUCAGUAUGUGGUUGGUCUUGACCUUCCUGGGGCUUACGUCAUGCCUCGGCAUGAGCAGCUUGACCUUCGCCAAGCUGUACUGGAAUCCCAGCUACGACGUGUGGAGGUUCAAGUGCAAUCCCAAGUUCCCUAAGCCGGAACAUGUGAGGACCGAGAUUCUCCUCACCAUCAAGUGCAUCUCGUUGUCCACGAUGUUGCCAGCACUGUCGCUUUACCUGGCAGCUCAGGGCAAGAGCCAAGCCUUUUGUGGAUGGGGUGGCAGGUCGGUCGGAUGGCAUCUCGGCUCUUUGGCGGCCUUGAUCAUCAGCAUCGACUUCUUCGAGUGGGGGUAUCACUAUUUGGGGCAUCAGGUGCCAGCGAUGUGGAAGCAGCACAAGAGCCACCACAAGUUCUACAACCCCACGCCCUUCUCAGUCAUCGCGGAUGAAGCCGUGGAUCAGCUCGUGCGCACCAUGCCAAUGUUGCUGUCUGUGAUUAUGCCAAUCAACAUGGACGUGCUUUUUGGCCUCUUUGCGGUGAUGUUCUACGCCUACGGUGUGUAUCUCCACUCAGGCUAUGAGUUGGCCUGGCCAGACGCACACCACCCGAUCAUCAACACCUCCUUCCAACACUAUUUGCAUCAUGCGGAGGGUGCGGUGGGCAAGCCCCGCCACACUGGAUUCUUCAUCAAGCUAUGGGAUCAGCUGGCGGAUGGAGAUAGCACGGCGCACAUGUUGAAGAGUGGCAA